GGCUCGUGGGCGGUGCUGGGCGGUGCUGGGCGGGCCCUAACCCGAGGUCCCCGGGAGGCUUUGCCCAGUGUCUAGCUGCCGAGGUCGUCUUGGGUGAGGGGGUCGCGCCGGAAGUGGCUGUGCCGCGCGCUCGGUGUUGUUAGGAAGCUGCUGGGGGAGUUUAGUCACUCAAGGGGGCGCGGCACCACUGGGCGUUCUUCACGGCCCCCUGCAGCAGCCAUGGCGAAAGGACGUGUCGCCGAGCGAACGCAGACGGGGCCGCUGCACUCGACCCCGGCCGGGGACCCGGCCACCGGCACGCGGGGUUCCACCACGCCAGGCAGCAGAGACCACCUGAAGGACAAACCUUGUGCAGAAGCUGGGUCAGCAAGAAUGUCACUCCUUAUACUGGUGUCCAUUUUCUUAUGUGCAGCAUUUGUUAUGUUUUUGGUAUAUAAAAAUUUUCCUCAGCUUAGUGAAGAAGAAAGAGCGAAUAUGAAGGUUCCAAGAGAUAUGGAUGAUGCCAAGGCUUUAGGAAAAGUUCUCUCCAAAUAUAAGGACACCUUUUAUGUACAAGUAUUGGUUGCUUAUUUUGCUACAUAUAUUUUCUUGCAAACAUUUGCUAUUCCAGGUUCCAUAUUCCUCAGUAUACUCUCGGGGUUUCUUUAUCCCUUUCCACUAGCCUUAUUCCUUGUCUGUUUGUGUUCUGGACUUGGUGCCUCAUUCUGCUACAUGCUCUCCUAUUUAGUUGGAAGACCUGUUGUAUACAAAUACCUAACAGAGAAAGCAGUAAAAUGGUCGCAGCAGGUAGAGCGUCAUAGAGAACAUCUCAUUAACUACAUUAUAUUUUUGAGAAUCACACCAUUUCUGCCUAACUGGUUUAUUAAUAUUACAUCUCCUGUGAUAAAUGUGCCAUUGAAAGUGUUUUUUAUUGGCACUUUUCUAGGUGUUGCACCUCCCUCUUUUGUAGCAAUAAAGGCAGGAACAACUCUGUAUCAGCUUACUACAGCGGGGGAAGCUGUUUCCUGGAACUCAGUAUUUAUUCUAAUGGUUUUGGCUCUUCUCUCUAUUCUGCCAGCCAUCUUCCAGAAAAAACUAAAACAGAAAUUUGAAUAAAAAUCAUGAGUUUUUGUUUUCCACCACUACCACCACCACCAUCAUCAUCUCAGGAUUAGCAGGUGUAUCCGUGUUAUGUUUUGAAAUCACCUCUUCAGUAACUGAAAGAAGGAUUUGUAAAGUAAAAUAUCCCAGGAGACAGUUAAAACAAUGCAUUUAUGUGACGAGGGAGAACAGAAAUUGUUAUACUAUGAGAAGUGCUGCCAUCAGAUUUGUGAGGUGUAUGUUAUCCAUUACUCUUCCAAGAGUAGCUCUGAGAUAGCAUUCAUGUGACUUGGUUUGGAAUUCUUACUCUAAAUGAUUCAUUGAAUUGAGUGUUUUUUUUUUUUCUUUUCUGUCUAAUAACUAAAAUAGUGAACUCGGGUACAGUGGCACAUACAUGUAAUCCCAGCUGCUCAGGAGAUUAAGGCCAGAGGAUUGCUAGUUUGAGACCAGCUUGAACAAUGCCACAAGACCCUAUAUUAAAGUAAAAUAAGGAACAGUGAAAUCAAACAAUAGAAAAAUUCACAGCAUAAACUGAAUACUUGAAGCAAACAGGAGGUUUUAUUUUCUUUCUCUUCAGACAGCACUUUCCAUAGGCCAGUGAAUGUAGCAAGGAUGAGUUAUUAAAGUUUUCCUUAUAGAUUUUUAUCAUGGAUAAGUAUGAUAAUUUAAAUUCUGGCCAGUCUGUUUUCAUCCUUUUUCUAGGCUUUACAGUAUUUCCACCGUACAUAUAUAAAAUGAGAAUUAUAUGCCUGUAUCAUAUUGGUGUUGAUAAUGUAUAUUCAGAUAAUAAUAUUUUGUUACAGUGUCUUUAUUAUCUUGAAGGGGUUCUAAAAGUAAAUACUCGAAGCAUAUAGUUUUUAGACAUUAUUAUUUUAUACUGAAACAUCUGGCAGAAACAGUGGUUUACUCUAGUUUAUUUGUUCCAAUGACUGUAAAUUUUGCCUCAUUAAUAUGUCUGCUCAUUAAAGAGUAUAUUGUGUAAUUACCUUAUGCAUGAUAAAUCUACGAUUGCUUUGUUGCCUUUCCUCUGAUGACUUCCUGUUUGGGACAGCACUUGAUUAGUGCAGUUUCCCAACUGUAGAGCUUUUUCACCUCACGAAGUGAAACAAUUUUUACAUGGUGAUUAGCAGUUCUACCAUUCCUUGGGAGACUCAUUUUGUCUGAGUGGGUAUGCCCUUCAUUCCUUGCCAGGACAGAGUGACCUGAAGCACUCCAAGAUGCUGUUGGUGUGUUGAACAAUUGCUUUAGCGGUGUGGGAAGUCCUUGUGUUUUUAUCUUCAUAGUCUGAUCAUCGAAGUCCGUUUUUCCUGCAUAAUAUGGACUAAUCUUUUUCUGUCACAGUGUUAACAUGUGGAUAUAUUACAAAUACAAGGAAAAUAAUAUUGAUCAA